AUGAUCUCUACACUCUUUAAUUCAGUGAUACGAGUGUACGUCGGAGUGCUUUUGAUAUUGUACUGUUUCGGAGAAACAGAAGCGUAUUCAAAAUGGCCUCGCGUGUGUAUUAAAGACGGAUGUUUAAGAGGAACUUGGCUGAGAGAUAGCGUUGACAGUCCCUAUGCUGCGUUUCUGGGUAUUCCUUUUGCCAAACCGCCCGUCGGUGAUCUUCGGUUUAAGAACCCUCAAAAGGCAGAUUCAUGGGAAGGUGUAUACGAUGCAACAACAGGCAAAGAUGCUUGUAUUCAAAAAAUUUCACUAAUUCCUGGUGCUCCAACGUUUGGUGGAGAAGAUUGUCUGUAUUUAAAUGUGUUUGCACCGCAAAAUGCGUACUCUCCUGCACCACGACCUCUCCCCGUCAUGGUGUACAUUCAUGGCGGUGGCUUUUUCUAUGGAUCGGCCCGAUUAAGCCAACUUGAUCCGGCGAGAAUUAUGACACAACGGAGGGUAGUGGUCGUCACACUACAGUAUCGUCUCGGAGUUUUAGGGUUUUUCUCUACGGGUGAUAGUUCGGCGUCAGGAAACUACGGCCUGAAAGAUCAAGUCAUGGCCCUUCGCUGGGUCCAAAGUAAUAUCCGUGCCUUCGGAGGAGAUCCCGGACGAGUCACUAUCUUCGGUCACAGUGCCGGUGGUGUCAGUACCCAGUUACACAUGUUGAGUCUGCUGAGUCGUGGACUAUUCCAUCGGGCCAUAUCAAUCAGUGGAAGUGCCCUUGCCAAAUGGACUGCUCCGAUUCCCGAUCCGUUGUCUGUGGCAAGAACCCACGGUCGUAUUUUGGGCAUCGCGGAUGCGGAAUCCAUGCCCACAAUCGAACUAGUAGAAAAAUUUCGAGGGAUCGACGCAGACAUUUUGACAAAUAGUAUUGAUCUCUUAAAGGUUUGGGAUAUUCACCCUAUCUCCCCAUACCGUCCGGCUGUCGAAUCUCAAGAUGAGCCGGAUGCGUUCCUGACUGAAGCUCCCAAUACAGCCUGGAGUCAUGGGAAACAUGCGAACGUUGAUUGGUUGACGGGAUCUAUACCAGCCGAUGCUUCGGUUUUCACCCAAACGAUCUAUCGGAACGAGUCGUUGGUCGCAGAUCUGAACCUCAGGUUUUCUAAAAUUCUUAAACUUUUUCUGCUAACGGAUAUAUCAUCCAAACAUUUGAAAAGCUUAAGGCAACGAUACUUUAAGACCACUCCUCCUGACAAAUGGAUUACGCCUACAAAUUACGGAGAAAUCACUGCAAUGCUCUCCGAAGCCGAAUUUCUCUAUCCAAUGAUCAAAAGUGUCAAGGAGCAGAUUCAAACUCGUAAACAAGGAGGAUCCACUAGCGUGUACUCCUUCCAGUUCCAAGGACGCUAUGCAUACUCACAAGUCUUCACCGGUACCAAUCGGUCGUACGGACUGACCCCUUCAGAUCAAUUGAUCUACCUCUUCAGAAUUCCUGAACUCUUCCCUGAGUUUCCUCCCGGUUCACCCGAAGCAGAAAUGUGUCAGCUGUGGGUUAAGUUUCUGGUAGAUUUUGCGACAAAAACGAACAUCAAAAAGGAAGGAAUCUGCACCGCGCUUCAAUGUAAUGUGGUGACAUUCGGAAACACUAACAACGUUUAUUUCCCAGUCAAUAAAACGCUCGUACCUCGGUUAGAUGAGGACGUGUACCAGUUUUGGAGGAAAUUUAAUCCUCAACCGGCUGAUUCCUAUGAAGGUGUAUACGAUGCCACAACAGAUAAAAAUGCCUGUAUUCAGAAAGCUCCCGACAUCGCUAGUUCUCCAGUUUUUGGUGCAGAAGAUUGCCUGUAUUUGAAUGUGUUCACACCGCAAAAUGCUUAUUCCCCAGCAUCGAGACCUUUACCCGUCAUGGUGUACAUCCACGGUGGAGCCUAUACAGUUGGAUCGGCCCGAUUAAGCCAACUUGAUCCAGGAAGAAUUAUAAUAACAAGGAAGGUGGUGGUCGUAACGCUACAGUAUCGUCUCGGCGUGUUUGGAUUUUUCUCUACGGGUGAUAGUUCGGCGUCUGGAAAUUACGGCCUGAAGGAUCAAGUCAUGGCCCUUCGCUGGGUCCAAGAUAAUAUCCGAGCUUUCGGAGGAGAUCCUCGACGAGUCACUAUCUUUGGCCAUAGUGCCGUGAUGCGAGUGUACGUCGGAGUGCUUUUGAUAUUGUACUGCUUCGGAGGAACAGAAGCGUAUUCAAAAUGGCCUCGCGUGUGCAUUAAAGACGGAUGUUUAAGAGGAACUUGGCUGAGAGAUAGCGUUGACAGUCCUUAUGCUGCGUUUCUGGGUAUUCCUUUUGCCAAACCGCCCGUCGGUGAUCUUCGGUUUAAGAACCCUCAACCGAUAGAUUCAUGGGAAAAUGUAUACGAUGCAACAACAGACAAAAAUGCUUGUAUUCAGAAAGAUCCCGUCAAUCUAAUUUCUCCAAUUUAUGGCGCAGAAGAUUGUCUGUAUUUGAAUGUGUUUGUACCGCAGGAUGGGUACUCUCCAGCAGCGAGACUUUUACCUGUCAUGGUGUACAUUCAUGGUGGAUCCUUUACAGUUGGAUCGGCCCGAUUAAGCCAACUUGAUCCGGCGAGAAUUAUGACACAACGGAAGGUAGUGGUCGUAACGCUACAGUAUCGUCUCGGCGUGUUUGGAUUUUUCUCUACGGGUGAUAGUUCGGCGUCAGGAAACUACGGCCUGAAAGAUCAAGUCACGGCCCUUCGCUGGGUCCAAGCUAACAUCCGUGCUUUUGGAGGAGAUCCCGGACGGGUCACAAUCUUCGGUCAGAGUGCCGGUAGUGCCAGCACCCAGUUACACAUGUUGAGCCCGCUGAGUCGUGGACUAUUCCAUCGGGCCAUAUCGAUGAGUGGAAGUGCCCUUGCCAAAUGGAGCGCUCCGACUCCUGAUCCGCUGUCUGUGGCAAGGACCCACGGUCGCAUUUUGGGCAUCGCAGAUGCAGAGACUAUUGCCCCGACGAAACUUGUUAAAAAGCUUCGGAAAUUUAGUGCGAGCGAAUUAUUAACUAGCACCGAUGGCUUGAAAUUUUGGAAAUAUCAAUCUAGUGUCCCCUAUCGUCCCGUUGUGGAACCGCAAAAUGAACCGGAGGCAUUCCUGACCGAAAAUCCCAAUACUGCCUGGAGUCUUGGGAAGUACACGAGCGUUCCCUGGCUGACCGGAACCAUACCGACAGAUGCCUCGUUUCAAACGCAAGUAGUCUACCAGAACAAGUCGCUGAUUGCGGAAGUAAACCCCCUAUUCCCACAACUGUUUCAAAUUUCUCUCCAAACUGAAGUAUCGAACGUGGGGUUUGAAAGCUUGAGACGGCGGUUCCUCAAGACCACUCCCCCCAAUAAGUGGCUUACGGAAACGAACUAUGCCGAAAUCACUAAAAUGCUCUCGGAAGCCGAUUUCAUCUAUCCAAUGAUCAAGGGCGUGAAGCAGUAUCUUCAGAACCAGAACCACGCCCCGACGAGUGUGUACUCCUUCCAGUUCAAUGGACGGUACUCCUACUCACAAGUCUACACGAGGACCAACACAUCCUAUGGAUUGACUCAUCCGGAUGAAUUGAUCUACCUCUUCAGAAUUCCUGAACUCUUCCCAGAGUUUCCUCCCGGGUCACCCGAAGCAGAAAUGUGCCAGCUGUGGGUGCAGUUUCUUGUGGGGUUUGCUACAAAAUCCAACAUUAAAAAAGAAGCAACUUGCACUGGGAUGCACUGCAACGUGAUGACUUUUGCAAAUUCCAACAACACUUAUUUCCCGGUAAGAAAAACCCUGGUGUCUGGCCUGGAUGAAGACAUUUACGGGUUCUGGAAGGCAUUUUUUGCGGAAUGA